AUGCGGCUCCUCGCCACACUCCUUGGGCUUCCGCUCGUGCUGUUGCCCUCGGUCGCCGUUGCGCAGACGCUCGACAUCCAAGUUACACGGCCCGCCGAUUGCACGCGCAAAACGCAGAAUGGCGACACCGUAUCGAUGAUGUACAAGGGCACUCUGCAGAGUGAUGGCAGCAAGUUCGACUCUAGCUACGACCGUGGCAGGCCAUUCAAGUUCACGCUGGGCAAGGGACAGGUCAUUACGGGAUGGGAUGAAGGACUGUUGGACAUGUGCAUAGGAGAGGCCAGAAAGCUGACAAUUCCCCCGAAUAUGGGAUAUGGGAAUAGCGGGAAUGGGGUGAUUCCUCCGGGGUCCACGCUGAUCUUCGAGACAGAGCUCAUGGGCAUCGAUGGCGUCAAGGCAGAACCCAAACCUGUGCCCGCAUCCACACCCGCGCCCGCGAGACCGUCUGUUGCGCAACCGGAUCAGACGCACGAUGUUGACGAGGCACCUCCUGAUAUCCCUACAUACGUGCCCACAUACGUGCCUACAUCCGUACCAAACCCCGUACCCACUCCCGUAGCUACUCACGUAGCAACUCUCACAUCUUCCCCCGCCAUACUUGAAUUAGCGACUCCUGCCGCGCCGGCCACUGAGCCUACAAAGUCAGCCAUCGCACAAGGAAAUCCACUGGACAACGAGGAAAGCAACGGCGAGUGCAACCUGCUUGGAGACUUCGCCCUGAUAGUACAGGGCGCUCUUGGGCUGCUGGCAGUAUCAUCGCUUGCCGUCAAGAGAUUGAGGGAGUCCCCGCGAAGACCACUUAAGAUCUGGUUCUUCGACGUCUCCAAACAGGUCUUUGGCUCGGUUCUACUGCAUCUGGCCAACAUCCUCAUGUCCAUGCUGUCAUCUGGUAAAUUCGAUGUAGCAACGAAUUCGACUACUACACCGCAAUAUCCUGGAACUGAUGAUCAAGGAGACAAGCCCAAUCCGUGCUCGUUCUAUCUCCUCAACCUAGCCAUUGACACCACCAUCGGCAUUCCAAUCCUCGUUCUCCUCCUCAAAGUCCUCCACCGCGCCUUCGCUCUAACCCCCCUCGCCAACCCCCCUGAAUCCAUCCGCAGCGGCAACUACGGCCAGCCACCUCGCGCAACAUGGUGGCUCAAGCAAUCCAUCAUCUACUUCCUCGGUCUCAUCGGUAUGAAGCUCUGCGUUCUUGCCAUCUUCGCUUUCUUGCCAUGGAUAGCCUGGGUGGGCGACUGGGCACUUCGCUGGACCGAGGGCAAUGCUGCAGUGCAGAUUGCGUUUGUCAUGUUCAUCUUCCCGUUGAUUAUGAAUGCAUUGCAGUACUGGAUCAUUGAUAAUUUCAUCAAGGAUCCGGGCCACGGUGAUGGAGAGGGCAGAUAUGCGGUUGCUGCUGGCGAGGAUAGCGACGACGAGACGGAUGAUGAGUGGUUGGAGAGGCAGAGGAGGAGGAGAGAAGCAGGCGUCGACGGGGAUGGAGAUAGUGACAUUGAGGCUGCGGCGACAGAGCCACUGAAGGAGGCGAAUCCUACAGCGAUACCAGUCCGCACGAACAGUGUGAAGGACGGAGAGUACGACCCUGCGACUGAUGGUGCGGAAAAUAGUCGGGCGAGUAAGGCCAGGAAAGAGUAA